AUGGCCAAUUUCGAUGCAGCUAAAGCAAUAUUUUCUCAAGUAGAUGCAAACAGCGAUGGAAGAAUCGAUGCAAAUGAAUUUCGUAGUUGGGCAGCUAAAACUGGUGGCGCAGGAGGAGAAGCAAGGUCUUCUUCCUAUGAAUCAUCAUCUUCAUUUCAAUCGGGAGGAGCAGCCGAGGGAGUAUCAGCUGGCUAUUCUUUCGGUAGCAGUGGUGGUGCUGAUGCAGCAUCUGCUGGUUUCGGUUUCGGUGGCGGUGCUGCCGCUGCUGAGUUUGGAGGAGCAGCCAAUGUACAUGAAAGUGCAUACAGUUCACAAGGUGGUUUUGAAUCUGCUGGUGGUGUUAAUAAUUCAUUUGCAUCAUCAUCAUCAUCAUCUGCUGAAUUUGCUCAAGCCGAUGCAGCAGCUGCUGACUCAAGUAAUGUACAACAAACUACACAAUAUUCUUCAGCUGGUGGUCUCUUCAACGAUCCUAAUCCACAAAUUAUUCGACGAGCUGCUACCGGAGGCGUUGUAACUUAUCAACAGAAGAUUCUCGUUCGUUUUCUUCAGCCACCACCAGUGCCACCCCCAGGCCCCCUCAUCAUCAAAGAAGUUCGUCCACCUCAACCACCUCCACCAGCACCACUUGUUGUUCGCCAAAAAGCCCCUCCCCUUCCAACACCACCUCCACUUAUCUUACGAGAACGUCCACCAGUACCACCAGCAUCUACUGCUAGUCAAACAGUUAUUCGUCGUUUGGCUGCUCUCCCAGUUCCACCACGAUCAGUUAUUAUCGAGCGUCUUCCACCUCUUCCACCCAAACCACGUGAUAUCAUCAUUGAACGUUGGAUUCCAUAUGGAAGCCAAUCCAAACGUCGCACAAUUGUUCAACGUGCUGCAGCCACUAAAGAAUAUGCAAAACCACGUAAUAUUAUCAUUACAUACGAGGCUGUUCAAGCACGUAUUGUCAGACAAUUUCAACGACUCGGCGUUGUACAAGAAAAUCCACAAGCCUAUGUUUCACGUUAUGGUGCAUCACUUUUAGAUGCGAACGUACUUCUUCAACAAGCGCGUUCUGCCGGUGUCAUUGAAGAUAUUUCACCUCCAGCUGUCGCUGCUGCUGCUGCUGCUGCCGCUGCUGCUACUACUGCUACUGCUUCGCAAUCCAGUGCAUCAUCUUUUGGUGGUGAUGCUGGAUUUAAUUAUUCAGGUGCAUCCUUCAAUCAAAGUGCUGCAACUUCUAGUGAAAGUGCUGGUCUCGACGGACUUGAAGUUAUUGGCGGUGCUGAAGCUGGUACCUACGGUUUAAAGAUAGCCAGCAGUGAGGCUGCUGGUGGUAAUUACGGAUCUCAGUCAUAUUCAUCAUCAUCAAGUUUCGGUGGUAGCUCUGGACUCGACUUAGCUACUGCUAGCUUCGCUGCUGCAGACACAAACCGUGACGGUGGAAUAGAUCGUACUGAAUUUCAACGUUUCAUUCAAGGUGGUCUUUAG